AUGUUCGCCAAAAACGGUAUUAAUUUUCUUAUUCGCAAUGCGACUGUUAUGAAAACAACUCCGGCUAUUAGAUCUUUUUCUGUUACGGCGGUAAAAGGUGAUAUAGUCAAAAUUCAAAGUACUGAUGAUUUCAAAGACAAAGUCAUCAACAGCAAAGUCCCAGUCGUAGUUGAUUUCUUUGCUACAUGGUGCAAUCCCUGUCGCUUAUUGACUCCUAGACUGGAAUCAAUCAUUUCCGAAAGCAAGGGAAAAGUGGUACUAGCUAAAGUUGACAUUGAUGAACAGGCAGACCUAGCUUUAGACUAUGACGUAAGCUCUGUACCUGUCUUAGUGGCUAUAAAGAAUGGAAAAGUAUUAAAUCGCCUUGUUGGCCUGCAAGAUACUGACAAGCUACGCAAAUGGAUAGAAGACUUCACUUCUGAUGAGAGCCAACAAAAAGUUAAUGUCUAA